GGCGGCGGUAAUAGACCAUAAACUGGGUUAUCAGCCGCCAGAACCAAAACUCUCGCGAGAAUUCGAUUCCUGAGAUUGCGUCCUUGCUCAGUCCGACUAUGGGGUACUGGGACCUGACAGAGGGCACAGACUGCGUCCAAAAGACAUGGAUAACUACCAAGCUGGCCACGGCUCUGGGCCUGGUUGGCUCAGCCUAUCACAUAGUGGCAUUUCAGCCUGAUUCUGCAGUGGCAGCGCUACAGAGGGCCACCAACACAACUGUUACCAUGGCCACCAUGGGAGCCAUUUUCGGCAUGGCGACUUGCCUCAGUGCUCAGGCUCGGGACGCCCCAGAUGACCCACUGAAUUACUUUAUCGGGGGCUGUGCCUCUGGGAUCUUCCUGGGAGCCAGAACCCACAGUGCUAUGACGGGUACGUCAGCGUGUCUGGGUCUGGGUACGCUGGCCUUCUUUACAAAAGUCGGUAAGAUGGAGGGAUGGAAGCUCGCUGCACCCCCCAAACUAUAAGGAGGAAGAUGGCUGUACAUUUACCUGUAUGUUGUAAAAAGAGUUCAUAUAAUAAAGUUCUUGUGAAAACAA